GAGAGAGUAAGAGUGAAAGAAAAUCGUGGUUGAGUGUUUUGGAAGAACGUUUUAUGUUUGUUACUUCGUCUCCGAAUUAUAUGAAUAGUUUUAUAUUUUUAGUAAACAAACGAAGCAAGGUGUUGGAAUGUUUUGAAAAAUGUAUAUUGUGUAACGUUAGUAGUUAAUUACUUACAUCUUCAUCACGAGAUGUUUUUCUAAUGGACCAGACCAGUAGCGUAAAGAAAAAGCUUUGAUUGAACAAUCAAAAUGGCACCACCGGAUCCCGUGACGCAAAUGAACACGUACCGGUCGUACGUGACCAUGUUGGCCGAUCCGGUUUCAAAGGACGAGUUGAAACUGAAGGCCGCCCAAGAAUUGUCGGAGAAUUUCGAGGUGAUCAUGUGCUCCUCGCAAUAUCCAGCAUUUCUCGAUCACAUGAUGAAGAUAUUUUUGAAGAUCUUACAAGAGGGCGAACCGCACUUCAUAUCGGAAUACAACAUACAGCAAGUGAGGAAAUUGAUUCUGGAGAUGAUACACAGACUGCCCAGCAACGACUAUCUUCGGCCGCACGUGAAACAGAUAUUAAGCUUGAUGUCGAAGCUGCUCGAAACUGACAACGAGGAGAACGUGCUGGUCUGUUUGAGGAUCAUCAUCGAGCUGCACAAACAGUACAAACCGUCUUUCAACGCGGAGAUACAAUAUUUCCUGCAAUUUGUAAAAUCAGUGUACAGUGAGUUACCACAGAAUCUACCAAAAAUAUUCGAGCCUCGUCCACCGUUGAGGGUGAAGGAUUUGUCGGAGAUAAACAUAGACGCGUUACUGAAAGAAACGUUCACUAUCACAGCUAUACAGAGCGAGAAGAAAGCAGCAGAUGGCACAGUAGUUACAUACAAUCUCAUUCCUAAGGCAGUAUUAUCCCUGAAAGUGCUCCAGGAGCUACCGAUCAUCGUCGUGCUAAUGAACCAAUUGUACAAGCAGAACGUGCACGAGGACGUCUCAGACUUCAUCCCUCUGGUGAUAACGACGAUCACUCUGCAGCCGAGUCCUCAACACAGAGCGUCGCCUGGCUUCAACAAAGAAGUGUUCGUCGACUUCAUGGGAGCUCAGAUCAAGACCCUGUCCUUUUUAGCGUACGUGAUUCGGAUCUAUCAAGAGGUGGUGUCCCAGCAUAGUUCCAUAUUGGUGAAGGGUAUCCUGGGAUUGUUCACUCUGUGCCCCAUGGAAGUGGCGCACCUGCGAAAGGAAUUAGUGAUAGCGUCGAGACACAUAUUGGCUACUGAUCUGCGGAACAAAUUCAUACCGCACAUGGAGUGCUUCUUCGACGAGGACAUAUUCAUAGGUAGGGGUUGGACGACUCACGAAUCGCUGAGACCGUUAGCGUACUCGACUCUCGCGGACUUGGUCCAUCACGUCAGAUUAAUGUUACCAUUGAGCGACGUGUCUAGAGCCGUGCACCUGUACAGCAAGAAUUUGCUCGAUCAGAGUCUUCCGACGGCGGUGCAGAUGGUUUCUUGUAAACUCCUGAUGAACCUGGUGGACACAGUGCGACAGAGGUCCGACGCGGAGAACAGCACUCAGGGCAGAGAGCUGCUGAUGAGGAUUCUCUUGGUAUUUGUCUUGAAAUUCAAGACGAUCGCGAAGAUAUACAUACCGAUUCUGCGCAAUAAGGCGAAGCAAUUGACUCCGCCUGGCGUGGACGUUAAAACGGAGGAUGUCAAGCCGGUCAUUCCUGAUCUGAACGAGGAGAAGGAGACCGGGAAGUCAAAGUUCGGUUUCCCUUCCUCCCAGGCGAUGAGCUUCAACGUGGCGGAUUACAGGAACCUGGUGAAGAGUUUAGUGCACGGCGCUAAAGCUAUCACUUCGAAUUGCAUCAAUUCCAAGACCGGAGAAGUGACACAGUCUAAUCAGUUUCAAUCGAAGGAGACGCUGGUUUACAUCAAGCUAGUGAAAUGGGCGCUGCCGGCGUUGGAUAUCUACACGAUCGGUCCCCCCACCAUUGGAGCCAUCGCUCAGCCAGGAAGACCAGCCCAGUCUCAAACGAUUCGUACCAGGGAGGAGAAGGAGGUCCUUGAACUAUUCGGGAACGUGUUCACUCAGAUGAACCCUCAGACAUUCCAAGAAAUUUUCUCGACGUCCAUCGACUACAUGGUCGAGAGGAUUUUUAAGAAUUGCGCGCUGCAGAUCAUCGGCAGCGCGUUCCUGUCUAGUCCGACUAUAUCGUCGACGUUUGCAACGAUACUGGUUGAAUACCUGCUGGAGCGAAUGGGUGAUAUGGGAUCGAACGUAGAAAGAAGCAAUUUGUAUUUGAGGCUGUUUAAAUUGGUAUUCGGCAGUGUGUCCCUAUUUCCCGCAGAGAACGAGCACAUGUUGAGGCCACACUUGAAUCAAAUAGUGAAUCGAGCGAUAGAAUUAGCCAUGUCCGCGAAAGAACCGUACAACUAUUUCCUCCUGCUACGCGCUUUGUUCAGAUCCAUCGGAGGCGGUUCUCAUGACCUUUUGUAUCAAGAAUUCCUACCUCUGCUUCCGAACAUGUUGGAGGGCCUGAAUAGACUGCAGUCCGGUCUGCACAGGCAGCAUAUGAAGGACCUGUUCGUCGAAUUGUGCCUUACUGUCCCAGUGAGGCUUAGCUCUCUUCUGCCUUAUUUGCCGAUGCUGAUGGACCCUCUCGUGUCAGCCUUGAACGGCAGCUACUGCUUGGUCAGCCAAGGACUGAGAACCCUCGAACUCUGCGUGGACAACCUUCAACCCGAUUUCCUUUACGAACACAUACAACCGGUACGAGCCGAUCUGAUGCAGGCAUUGUGGAGGACUUUGCAUAAUCCGACAGACCAGGCUCACGUGGCUUUCCGGGUUCUGGGUAAAUUCGGCGGUGGCAACAGAAAGAUGAUGAUCGAACCCCAGAAGCUGGAGUACAACGAUCGCGAGACCAAUUCACCUGCCAUCGUCGUCUACUUCCAGGAGCCCACUAAACCCAUCGAUUUCACGGUAGAGAAGGUCAUCGAGACCGCAUUCAACGCGUUGAAAUCGAACAACACCGAUUCGUUUUAUCGUAGACAAUGCUGGGAAGUGAUCAGUUGCUACCUGGCAGCUUCUUUGCGACUGGACGACAACAAUGCUAUACUUUACAAACUCUUCAUGCAUCCUGGUUUCAAGGAAGCUAAAAUCCCUCAUCAGCAGGGUCCUCAUUACAAGUGUCCAGACGCCGUCGCGAGGAACGUUCAGCAGACGGCGUUGACGGGUCUGUUCGUCGCCGCUGAGAUCAAAGAAUUGAGGCACUCGGUAUUAGGAACCGUUGUGUCAAUCGUGAGGCACUACACGAUGGUCGCGAUUGCCCAGCAAGCUGGACCCUUCUGUUUGACCGGAAGACAAGUUCGUAUGCAAGGCCAGGAUCCCUUAGUCCUGAUCGACGCUCUGGCGGUCAUCAUGGGCCACGAGGAAAAGGAGUUGUACAAGUCUGGUCAUUUAGCUCUGGUCUUGAUCCUCGAAACCGCGACGAAUAUCCUGGGCUCGAAGGAGCGAGCCUGCCAACUGCCAUUAAUGGAAUACUUGGCGGAGAAGAUGUGCUCUCUUUGUUACGAGCGAGCUUGGUACGCAAAGUUGGGCGGCUGCAUAGCCAUCAAGUUUCUGUUCGAGAGGAUGGCGACCAAAUGGGUACUGAAUCAUCUGUUCGUGUUCCUAAAGGCUCUAAUGUUCGUGAUGAUGGACUUGACGGAGGAAGUAUCGAACGGAGCCAUAGAUAUGGCCAAAGCGAAUUUAGAAAAGAUGCUGCGAGUCUGCGUGAAUCCCGGAAUACAAGACGGGAACACCGAGCUGAUAGAGGCGCAGAACAAAAGCUUGUACGAAGUCACUCACGAGCUGGUCAGGCAAGUCACGUCUCCUCAUAGUUUGGUGCGGGAACAGGCUAUGGCUUCCUUGAGACUGCUCGCAGAGAUACAGAAUAAAACUGUUACCGAGGUAAUGGAGCCUCACAAGGAAGUUCUGGCGGACAUGAUCCCGCCUAAGAAGCAUUUGCUCAGACAUCAACCCGCCAAUGCUCAGAUCGGUCUCAUGGAUGGCAACACUUUCUGCACUACGCUGAAUCCCAGACUCUUCACCAUCGAUCUGACGGUGAUGGAGCACAAGGUGUUCUUUCAAGAAUUGCUGGCUCUCAGCGAGGCAGAGGACGCGAGCUUGAACAAGCUGCCUUGUUACAAGUCCGUUUCGAAUCUUAUUCCGCUGAGAAAGUCAGCGUUGAGGGCUCUGGCUGCUUGUCAUUACAUAGUGUCGUGCAGGGAAAAGAUCUUCGGUGUGUUGUACAAAGCUCUGGAGAAACCGAACGCUGAACUGCAGGAAGCAGCCUUCGAAUGCAUGCAGAAAUUCAUCGCUGGCUUUCAAAUCGACAUGGAGGCUGUCCACGCCAUUAUGCGACCGAUGCUGUUGACUCUAGGCGACCACAGAAACCUGAGUCUGAACUGCGUGAAAAGACUCUCGUACCUGACUCAACUGUUUCCCAGCACUUUCAGUAUUACACUCUGCGAGCAGUUGCUGCAGCACUUGAAGAAGCUUUUGGAGAAUUUGAUACAGGCUCACAAAGGCAUAUCGAAGUCCGGAGAGAACGAACAGAAGAUUGCGACUAUUAUAGGGAUCUUCCACGAGAUCCCUGCAGCUACUCCGAAGUUCAUCGAUGUGCUUUGCAGGCUUGUUUUGCAAACGGAAAAGUCGCUGAUGGUCGAAGUGUCCAGCCCAUUCCGAAUUCCUCUGAUGAAGUUCUUGCUGCGCUACCCGACGGAGACUCUGAAUUUAUUCCUACACGACAAUAACAUCAAGGACCGACAAUGGAGCAAGUACCUAGAGUUCCUGAUCAAGCAGAAAGACGGGAAGCCAUUCCGCGACGUGUUGCACAACAGCACAGCGAGGUUGAUCACGAUGCUGCUCGCGCACUCUCAGACCAACUCGAACCUGACCCACGUCGAGAAGAGCGAGCUUCAACAUCAGGCGAUCAAGAUCAUCGCCGUGCUGAUUAAAUUCGACGAACAGUGGCUGUCGACGCAGACUCAGCUGGUAGGCGCGUUGAAGCAGAUCUGGUGCAACGACGAGUACCAAGCGUUGCACAAGAAAGUCGAGAGCGUGGACUAUUGUCAUUGGAAGGAGCCGAAGCUCAUAGUCAAGAUUCUGUUGCACUACUUCCGUCACCAUUCGAACGACAUCGAUCUACUUUUCCAGCUGUUGAGGGCGACCUGCGACAGGUUCAUCCCGGAUUUCCAAUUCCUGAGGGACUUUUUGGAGCACACUGUAGCUCAGGAGUUCACGGUGGAGUGGAAACGCAGCGCGUUCUUUAGAUUUGUCGACCACUUCCCCACGAACAACCUGUCUCAAGAAUUGAAGGCGAAUGUUCUGCAAUUGAUCAUCAUUCCCUGUUUCGCGGUGAGCUUCGAGAGAGGAGAGGGCACCAAACUGGUCGGAGGUGCGCCGAUGCCUUAUCAAGAUAACCCAGAGAACGUCGUGUCCGUUUUCAUCAGUAAGAUCAUCGAUCCCGACAAUCCGUUCGGAUCGGCCGACUGCGUUCGCAUCUCUCUACUCCAGUUCUCGUGCCUCCUGGUGGAGCAGGCCUCGCAGCACAUUCACGACGUGACCAACAAGAGGCAAGGCAACAAGCUGCGAAGAUUGAUGACGUUCGCCUGGCCAUGUCUGCUCGGCAAGAACUGCGUCGACCCGACGACGAGAUAUCACGGCCAUUUGCUUCUGAGUCACAUCAUCGCGAAGUUCGCCAUCCACAAGAGGAUCGUUCUGCAAGUUUUCCACAGUUUGCUGAAGGCGCACGCUCUGGACGCUAGGAACGUGGUGAGGCAGGCAUUGGAGAUCCUGACUCCGGCCAUGCCGGUCAGAAUGGAGGACGGCAACACGAUGCUCACGCACUGGACCAAGAAGAUCAUCGUCGAGGAAGGACAUUCGAUGCAGCAGCUGUUCCAUAUUCUCCAACUGGUGGUCAGACACUACAAAGUCUAUUACCCCGUGAGGCAUCAUUUGGUGCAGCAUAUCGUGAAUUCUAUUCAGAGGCUGGGAUUCAGUCCUACCGCUACGAUCGAGCACAGGAGGUUGGCGGUCGAGUUGGCGGAGGUGAUCAUAAAGUGGGAGCUUCACAGGAUCAAGGACGAAGCGGAGAGCGCCGAAUCCGGUGGCACCAGAGGAGCUCAGGGAUCAGUGAAGAGACCUAUAAACGAUGAUCCUGCGGGGACCAAGCGAAUGACUGCUCAAGGCGCCACGGGCAACGCCACGGUGCCUGUGAUUCUACCUAGGAUCGAACCAGGAUCCACGAAACCGAUCGAGAGGGCUCACGCUGACGCGAUCCUCAACUUCUUGCUUCGUUUGGCUUGCCAAGUGAACGACGUGACUACAAUCCACGGGAAUCCGGGCGAACAGCUCUCCAGACGUUGCGUGGCUUUGCUGAAAAUGGCUCUGAAACCCGACGUCUGGCCUCAGAGCUGCGACCUGAAGCUGGCUUGGCUGGACAAAGUUCUGGCCAGCGUGGACAGUGCUCAGCCAAUCUAUGGGAACAUCUGCACAGCCCUGGAGGUCUUGACGUUCUUGCUGGGCGUGAUGAAGAGGGAGCAGAUACUCGCGAGCUUCAAGUCCCUGCAACGAGGCAUCGGCGCCUGCAUCGCGAGCAGCAAUACCAAAGUCAUCAGACUGGUGCAUGGGUUACUGUCAAGAUUGAUGACUAUUUUCCCCGCAGAACCGACUUCCUCCACCGUCGCGUCAAAGUACGAAGAGCUGGACACUCUGUACACCACCGUUGGUAAAUUUAUAGUGGAUGGUUUGGCGACGUACGAAAAGAACACCGCGGCUACCCCCAGCACGCUGUUCGGCACCCUGAUGAUGCUGAAGGCGGCCUGCACGAAUAAUCAGAGCUACAUCGAUCGACUGAUCACCCCGUUCAUGAGGGUUCUUCAUCGAAUGGCCAAGGAUCAUCUGCAUUCGACUCAGGCAGAGGCGAAUCCUGUCGGCAGCGAGUUACUGAUCCUCAGCCUCGACCUCGUGAAGAAUCGAGUGAUGGUGAUGGGCGUGGAAAUGAGGAAAUCGUUCAUCGGUUCGAUCCUGGUCGGUUUGAUCGAGAAAACGCAAGACAUCAAGGUGAUGAAAGCGAUCACGAAGAUGCUGGAGGAGUGGAUGAAGAACAAGAAUCCGAUUGCGAUGAACCAAGCGCCCAGUCUUCGCGAGAAGUCGAUUCUACUGGUGAAAAUGAUGCAGUACGUGGAGAAGCGAUUCCCGGACGACCUGGAGCUGAACAGGCAAUUCCUGGAGCUCGUCAAUUUCAUCUACCGAGACGAGACUUUGAAAUCCUCGGAAUUAACGUCGAAAUUGGAGCCGGCGUUCCUGUCCGGUCUGCGUUGCAUCCAGCCGCAGAUAAGGGCAAAGUUCUUCGAGGUGUUCGAUGGGUCCAUGAGAAGGCGGCUGCACGACAGGCUUCUCUACAUCAUAUGCAGCCAGAGCUGGGACGCGAUCGGCCCUCAUUAUUGGAUCAAGCAGUGCAUCGAACUGCUGCUCGUCACCGCGAACUCGAGCACUCAGAUUCAAAUGUCGAACCAAGACACGUUGCUGCCCAGCGUGACGUCCGUAAUAAACAUGGCGGACAGCGAGGAGCACAAGAAUUUCAUGAUAUACAGCUCGAUCAAGGAGGAACCGCAAGACAUUUCGGACACGGUCGACGUGAAAGACGAGAUACUGGACAUGGACCUGUCGAACGCAGACUCGUCGACUAUUCCGGAGGAAAUCGCCACCGCGGGGAAGACCACCCUGACGCAGUUGAUAGUGAAACAGGGAGAAUUCAUCGAACACGCGAAAAAGAUCCGAACGGAACAGCUGCUGCUGGCUGCGGCGCAACUCUGUCACAUGGACACGAACCUGGCGGAGCGAGUCUGGCUGGACACUUUCCCCAGGAUCUGGAGUAUACUGGACGAACACCAGCACAACACCUUGAUAGCGGAAGUGGUGCCUUUCAUUUGCAGCGGCACGCACGUGAUUCAAAAGGACUGUCAUCCCAGCGCGAUCGCCACGUUCGUCGAGGCGAUAUCCCACUGCAAUCCAGCGGUGCCUAUGAGGCCAGCCUUGAUGAAGUACCUGGGCAGAUCGCACAACCUCUGGCACAGGAUGACGCUCAGCUUGGAACAGAUGGCUUUCGACAACGGGAACAACCAGUUCAAGAUCAAGAGGGAGUCGGACUGCUACGACUUCGAGCCGGACAACAGUCCUCACGCGGAGAUCCUGGACUCGUUGUCGGACAUGUACUCGUUGCUCUGCGAGGAGGACAUGUGGUCCGGCCUCUGGCAGAAGCAUGCUCAUUACAAGGAGACCCUUCAGGCCACUGCGUUGGAGCAACAGGGUUUCUUCGAGCAGGCUCAGGGAGCGUACGACGUGGCCAUGUCCAAGUUCAAACAGGACUACGUCUCGACUCCCGCUCCUUUCAAGAUCCAGCGGGAGGCGAUGCUUUGGGAGCAACACUGGAUAAGAUGCGCGAAGGAGUUGAACCAAUGGGAUCUGCUGCUGGAUUACGGUAGCAAGAAGGCGGAGAAGAAUCCGUUCUUGAUUCUGGAGAGCUCUUGGCGUAUCCCGAAUUGGACGAUGAUGAAGGAGGCUCUUGCGCAGGUGGAACACAACUGUCCGAAGGAGAUGGCUUGGAAGGUGAACUUGUACCGCGGUUUCCUGGCGAUAUGCAACAGCGAGGACCAGCACCUGAACGCUGUGGAACGAUACGUGGAGCUGGCUUCCGGUCUCUGCAUGCGCGAGUGGCGCAGAUUGCCUCACAUCGUCAGCCACGUGCACCUGCCGCUGCUGCAGGCUGCUCAGCAAAUCAUGGAGCUACAGGAGGCCAUGCAGAUCCAUCAGGGACUGUUGCACGGCAGGAGCACGUCGUUGCACGAUAUGAAAGCUAUCGUGAAGACCUGGAGGAAUCGGUUACCGGUGAUAGCGGACGACCUGAGCCACUGGUCGGACAUCUUCACCUGGCGACAGCACCAUUACACGUUCAUCUCGAGCCACUACGACUCUCAACAGGACCAAACGACCAACCACGCGAUGCUCGGCGUGCACGCGUCGGUCCAGGCGAUCAUUCACUUCGGGAAGAUCGCUAGGAAGCACAACCUCUGCGGAGUGUGCUUGGACUCGUUGUCCAGGAUCUACACGAUCCCCAGCGUUCCCAUCGUCGACUGCUUCCAGAAGAUCAGACAGCAGGUCAAGUGUUACCUGCAGAUGGCCUCCGUCAGCGGGAAGAACGAGCUGCAGGAAGGUCUCGAGGUGAUCGAGUCGACCAACCUCAGGUACUUCACCAAGGAGAUGACCGCGGAGUUCUACGCGCUGAAGGGGAUGCUUCUGUCGCAAAUCGGCCGGUCGGACGACGCGAACAAGGCGUUCUCCGCCGCUGUGCAACUCCACGACACCUUGGUGAAAGCUUGGGCCCUUUGGGGCGACUAUCUGGAACACAUAUUCACCAGAGACGCUCGUCAGAUAUCCAUCGGGAUCUCGGCGAUCACUUGCUUCCUUCACGCCUGCAGACACCAGAACGAGUCGAAGUCUAGGAAGUAUCUGGCGAAAGUCUUGUGGCUUCUGACCUACGACGACGACAAGUUCUCUCUUAUGGAAGCCGUGGACAAAUACGCGGUGGGGGUGCCUCCUAUUCAGUGGUUGCCCUGGAUACCUCAGCUUCUGAUGUGCCUGGUGCGACACGAGGGCAACGUUAUCUUGAAUCUGCUCAGCCAAGUCGGCCGGGUGUUCCCGCAAGCGGUGUACUUCUCGAUCCGGACUCUGUACUUAACGCUGAAGAUCGAACAACGCGAGAGAUACAAGAGCGCGGAACUGGCUGCUGGAAAGAAUCAGGAAGGCGUCGAGGGUCGCGGAGCUGGGGGGAAUGUUCAGCAACAAGGAGUACCUGAAACAGGACCGAUCAGAGCCACGCCGCCCAUGUGGAGGUGUUCGAAGAUCAUGCACAUGCAGAGGGACAUUCAUCCGACUAUUUUGUCCAGCUUGGAAGGAAUCGUAGAUCAGAUGGUGUGGUUCAGGGAGACGUGGUACGAAGAGGUUCUCAGGCAACUGAGGCAAGGCUUGGCGAAGUGUUACGCGAUAGCAUUCGAGAACCGUGGAGCUGUCAGCGAGGCCACCAUCACGCCUCACACCUUGAACUUUGUAAAGAAGCUGGUCUCGACGUUCGGCAUCGGCAUAGAGAACAUAUCUCCGUCUCAAAACGUGAACAACACAUUUGGCUCGGCGGCUUCAGAAUCAUUGGCGCGCAGGGCACAAGCUACCGUCCAGGAUCCCGUUUUCCAGAAAAUGAAAGGUCAAUUCACCAGCGACUUCGACUUUACCGUGCCCGAGGCGAGGCUGCUCCACAAUUUGAUCAGCAAGCUGAAGAAAUGGAUCAAGAUUCUCGAAGGAAAGACGAAGCAAUUACCAAAGUCUUUCCUGAUCGAAGAAAAGUGUCGGUUCCUCAGCAACUUCAGCCUGAAGACCGCGGAGGUGGAACUUCCCGGUGAAUUCCUGUUGCCCAAACACUCUCACUACUACGUGAGGAUAGCCAGGUUCAUGCCUAGGGUGGAAGUGGUCCAACGACACAACACAGCGGCCAGGAGGUUACGCAUUCGUGGCCACAAUGGUCGUCUGUACCCGUACUUGGUAGUGAACGACGCCGGUUUAGGCGAUGCGAGACGCGAGGAACGCGUCCUGCAACUGCUGAGAAUGCUGAACCACUACUUGGCUAAGCAGAAGGAGACUUCCAGGAGGUUCUUGCACUUCACGGUGCCGCGAGUCGUCGCGGUUUCGCCGCAGAUGCGACUCGUCGAGGACAACCCCGCCUCGGUCUCCCUGCUGGACAUUUACAAACAAGGCUGUGCGAAACUAGGAAUAGAACACGAUGCACCUAUAGCUAGGUAUUACGAGAGGUUGGCGACGGUGCAGGCAAGAGGCGCGCAAGCGAGUCAUCAGGUUCUCAGGGAUAUACUGAAGGAAGUGCAAACCACUAUGGUCGCCAGGACAAUGUUGAAAGACUGGGCGGUGAAGACGUUCCCGGGUGCCACCGAUUACUGGACGUUCAGGAAAAUGUUCACAUUACAAUUAUCCCUGGCCUGUUUCGCCGAGUAUGUGCUCCACUUGACGAGACUGAAUCCGGACAUGAUGUACGUGCAUCAGGACUCGGGUCUGAUCAACAUCGCUUACUUCAAGUUCGAUGUUGACGACACGUCCGGCGAGCUAGAUGCCAAUAGGCCAGUCCCGUUCCGUCUGACACCGAAUAUCCUCGAAUUUCUGACGAGUACAGGUGUCUCGGGGCCGCUGACCGCAAGCGCCAUCGCCACAGCGCGAUGCCUAGUGCAACCAUCCUUCAAGGUACACACGAUUCUACGUGCAAUCUUGCGCGACGAAGUGAUCGCGGAUCACAAUAAGAAACAGGAAGAUGCAGAGAACGCGUCGCAAGCGCCGACAGACAUGAAGGGCGAGCUUCUGAUAACAAUGGUCACUCGUGCGGUCACCGCGAUCGUCUCCAGGCUGAACUCCUUGGCGAAUUUCGACGGGACCGAUAGCAAAGUCAGCACGCUGGUUGCUGCAGCGAACAGCCACGACAAUCUGUGCAGAAUGGACCCGUCGUGGCAUCCGUGGCUGUAAAACGCGCCCUCCGAACUGGCCUACACGUGCUUCCAUUGUUGAACAGGCGCUGGGAACGUCGAUCGUCCUGGACGGUUCUCAUUCGAUGAAUUUGUAUCAUUAUUCGCAUUACUUUCAAUUCCACGCGGGAACCGUCCAAGGCGAUCGACGCUUCUCGGCUUCCGGAUCUCUCGAUUCGUUUACCAUUACCUUCUCUUUCGUUUGUUUUGUAGUCGCUGCGUUCGUGUAAAUAUUUCUGUAGGGAUGUAAGGUGACACAAGGUGCGUUUUCUUUUGUAACUCUACAAACGGAGUGGUUAUGAUCGCGCGCGCGUUUCUUGCGUCAGUGAAUUUCGUUUACCACGUGUUUAUAUGUCGUGUAAAAUUUCUCGCCUCGAGAAUACUACGUGUAUCAUUUACUGUACAUAAUUUUAAAUAUAAGCGUUAUUUAUAGAUCUGUUUAUAAAUCUAAAAAAAAAAGCGGAGAAACAUGAAGGGGAAAGAAUAAAGUGUCUGA